CCGCACGCUGGCCCCAGCCCGGGCCCGGCCGGCACCGCCGCGUCUGGGGGAAGCGGGAGAGUCGGUAUUCGCUUCGGGGAUGUAAGAAGACAGGCACGAGACCCCAAGCCCGCGUCAGCGCCCUUCGGCUGCCUCCCCGGGUGGGGGCGGGCCCCGCACACGGUAAGACCUCUUGGUUUCGCUCGGGCUCAAGAGUCAAGAUAUAGAUAUAUUUUUAAAAAUUUUCCGUCAUCCUUCCAAGUCAUCAGGCCACCGAUGGUUUUUGUUCUCCCUUCUUGAAGAAUCUCUCUCCCUUUCCCCAUCGGCUCGACCUACUCUCUCCCGCCGCUUAGAAAUAAAACUUGUGCUGAGCUGGGAAAGAGAAGGCGCCCACCACGAGCGCCGCAAGCGCAGGCCGGGCGCCGUUCGCGGGAGCCGGGCCCAUGGGCUGCUAGCGGCUCUCCAGCUCCGGCCGGCGUCCCUGCGGUCCCCUCCCCAUGUGAGGCGCGUAAGGGCGAGCGGGGCGCGGGAGGAAGAGGAGGACCCACGGGCGCUGGGCCGGAAGGCAACUGGCAGCAGGCCCAGGCAAGCGGGCAUCCGCGUUCAUGUUCCGCCAGGAGCAGCCGCUGGCCGAGGGCAGCUUCGCGCCCAUGGGCUCCCUGCAGCUGGACGCGGGCAACGCGAGCUGGAAUGGGACCGAGACGCCGGGGGGCGGCGCCCGGGCCACCCCUUACUCCCUGCAGGUGACGCUGACUCUGGUGUGCCUGGCCGGCCUGCUCAUGCUGCUCACGGUGUUCGGCAACGUGCUGGUCAUCAUCGCGGUGUUCACGAGCCGCGCACUUAAGGCGCCCCAGAACCUCUUUCUGGUGUCUCUGGCCUCGGCCGACAUCCUGGUGGCCACGCUAGUCAUCCCUUUCUCGCUGGCCAACGAGGUCAUGGGCUACUGGUAUUUCGGCAAGGCGUGGUGUGAGAUCUACCUGGCGCUCGACGUGCUCUUCUGCACCUCGUCCAUCGUGCACCUGUGCGCCAUCAGCCUGGAUCGCUACUGGUCCAUCACGCAAGCCAUCGAGUAUAACCUGAAGCGCACGCCGCGCCGCAUCAAGGCCAUCAUCGUCACCGUGUGGGUCAUCUCGGCCGUCAUCUCCUUCCCGCCGCUCAUCUCCAUCGAGAAGAAGGGCGGCGGCGGCGGCCAGCAGCCGACCGAGCCGCGCUGCGAGAUCAACGACCAGAAGUGGUACGUAAUCUCGUCGUGCAUCGGCUCCUUCUUCGCGCCCUGCCUCAUCAUGAUCCUGGUCUACGUGCGCAUCUACCAGAUUGCCAAGCGCCGCACCCGCGUGCCGCCCAGCCGCCGGGGUCCGGACGCCGCCGCCGCGCCGCCGGGGGGAGCCGAGCGCAGGCCCAACGGCCUGGGCCCGGAGCGCGGCGUGGGCCCCGUGGGCGCCGAGGCCGAGCCGCUGCCCGCCCAGCUCAACGGUGCCCCCGGGGAGCCCGCGCCCGCAGGGCCACGCGACGCUGACGCUCUGGACUUGGAGGAGAGCUCGUCCUCCGAGCACGCCGAGCGGCCCCCGGGGCCCCGCAGGUCCGAGCGCGGCCCCCGGGCCAAGGGCAAGCCCCGGGCGAGCCAGGUAAAGCCCGGGGACAGCCUGCCCCGGCGUGGGCCGGGGGCAACGGGGCCCGGCGCGUCGGCGGCGGGGCCCGGGGAGGAGCGCGGCGGGGGCGCCAAGGCGUCGCGCUGGCGCGGGCGGCAGAACCGCGAAAAGCGCUUCACGUUCGUGCUGGCCGUGGUCAUCGGCGUGUUCGUGGUGUGCUGGUUCCCCUUCUUUUUCACUUACACGCUCACGGCCGUGGGCUGCUCCGUGCCGCGCACGCUUUUCAAGUUCUUCUUCUGGUUCGGCUACUGCAACAGCUCCCUGAACCCGGUCAUCUACACCAUCUUCAACCACGACUUCCGCCGCGCCUUCAAGAAGAUCCUCUGCCGGGGGGACAGGAAACGGAUCGUGUGAGCGCCGGGUCCGCGACCCGCCAACAGACUGGCGCCCAGUGCAGUCAGCGGGGACCGAGGGGAGAGUCUAUAUAGCCCAGCACACUGAAACCCGGGUCCUGCCUGCUCCGUGUCCGGCCUUGCUCCGUGGCCUCUGUUCUUCCCUCUCAGGGAAAAGGCUGAGAGGGUCACCGGCCCCCCAGUUGUUGUUAGGGCCGCUUGUGACUUGGAACGAUCUUCCUGGGUUCUUGGGCCCUCCCUAAUCAGUAUUGUUCCCUAAAGGUAUUUUCACCUCCCCUGAGUCCAGUUCUCAAUGCCGAUCAGAGCAAGCAAACACUGGGCCCCAGAGAGUACUGAUCACAAAGGAUUAAUGGAUGGGGUUACCCAGCCCUGGCUAAUUGCUCUCCCCCUUAUUCUAACUCUGUUUUUAAACAAAUGCUCAGGGCAGCCCUGCCCAUCCCCCCAUCCCCCACUGUAAAUACACACUAUUUUUGAUAGUACACGCUAGGAUCCCCAAUGUCUGGGCUUUUGAUGCUGUUGGAGAUGCCCUUGAGGCUGAUACAUUGUCUUUGGUUCAGGCCAACCCCCUGUGUAAUGCAAGUCAUUUUCCGGUGUCAUUACCUCCUGUGUCCUUUUCACCAGCAACUGGUGACUGUCCCUUGGGCCUGGACCUGCUUUGAGAUAUCCUGAGGGGGAAAAGAUUUCUGUCCAUUUUUUUUUCUGUGCCUAACAGCAUAAUUGCCUUUUCCUAUGUAAAUACUACAACGAAGGACCAAGACAGAAGUAAAGGAACCUUUCUGCCAUGCAACAGCCCUGUGUAUAAAGCCAUUAUCCUCCGAUGCACCCUUCACCCCAGCAACUCACUUUAAAAGUAUCUCUUUCCUGUGUCCCUCCCUCCCUCUUUCCUUCCUUCCCUCCUCUCUCCAGGGCCACUGCUUGAAGAAUACGUAUGUUUCUAUCUUGUAUGUUUCUGCACCUGCCCCUCCCUCCCCAAAAGUGCUGACUGCAAGAAAUCUUUUGGCUGCUGUUUUUAGACGGAGGAGUGGAAAUUAUGUGGAAGAAGCAAACCUGAUACAAUUUGCCCAAGGUAAACAGUUUGAAAAGACAAAUGAGCCUGCCAAACUGUACAGUUCCUGCCCCAAGAGCUCUUAGGUAUCAAAGUGUUGUCCUUUCCCCCCUGCUUUUCUGGUUGAGAUGAUGUCAUUGAUGAACUCCCCAAAUCAAGGGAGAAGGGCAGAGACCUCGUGUUUACAUCUGAGUUUCUACGUGUUUUAGACAGAGACUCUCUAAGGCCUGCGCUCUUAUUUCACUAAAGACAAACUAAUGUCAGCACAUGUUGCUAAUGAUGGUGAAUUUUUUUUAAUAAAAAGUUUACAGAUCAAAUGUGAAA